AUGGAUUAUUUCGCUUACCAGAGCAAACGAAAGUCUGUUGCGCACAUCAAGGAGUUCAUUGAAAAUACAGCAUCGAGCGAACCAUCCAAUUCCAUGCCACCAACACCAACCAUCUUUAUACACGACGCUGGCAAAUCGCCCUCCAAGCCAACAUGCAUCCGCUAUUCAGCAUCGUUUUUUCAGGAAAAUACUCCCAGCGCAUUAUCGACAUCGCUGCCUUCGCCACCUAUCACGCCGCACCAUCAGUUACCUGCCUUACCUUCGCUGUCAUUAUCCCUGCCAUCCCCAUCGAAAUCAUUCAGACGACGAUUCAGCAAUCCUCCGCACACUGUCCACUCGCCCAGACUGCAUGUCUUGCUGGUCGAUGACAAUGCUAUUAAUCUUCAAAUACUGUCGAGAAUGCUGAAUUUACACAUGUCGGCUGCAAUUGAGCAUAUGGAGCUGGUCAAGAGCGGUGUGAAAGCCCUUGAGAUAUUGAAAUGUCGACCAUUCGAUCUUAUCUUGAUGGACAUUGACAUGCCAAUCCUGAACGGUAUUGAAACCACAAAGCACAUUCGCUCAUCGACUGAAUUUGAUAUCCUGCCAAGAAACCGCAAAGCGCCCAUUGUGGCUGUGACAACAAACGAUUCUAGCACAUGGCAAGCAACGUACAAGGAAAUUGGCAUGAAUGGAUGCAUUGGAAAGCCAAUUUCAGCCAGUGAUCUCAAAAAGACACUCUCAAGGAUUCUUGAUCUUCAUUUACCCAUCCCACCCUAUACACCAGAAUGA